AUGGAAGAUUUAAAAAAAUUUGCGUGCAAAUUAUAUUUUUAUGAUAAGCCCGAACAAAUUCCUAGUGAAUAUCAAGCACAAGAUUUUUGUAUUGUCUGCAAUAAGGAAAUUUCGUCUGAUCUAUAUGAACCUAUUAUUAUUUGGACGUGUAAACAUCUUUCUCAUUGGUCAUGCAUGCUUAAUAAAGAUGAGUGUCCCUGUGAAAAUAAUGAAGAAAUUGAUAAAGAAAUCAGUACAGAUGAAAAUGUAGAAUUAGCAGCAAGAGUGUUAAUGAAGUUAUCACAGAAUACUGCAAGCUCUUUAGAAUUAGAAGGAUUUAACGAAGAAAUUCACAAAUUAGCUCCAAAAAGAAAUAAAAAAAAUAUAUCAAAAUACCAAAAUGAAGAAACAAUUUUGGCAUCUUCAACAAAUUCUCCCUUUUCAAAACAAUCUCCUUCUUUUGAAUCUGUAGAACAAUCUCAAAAAGAGAUUAAUUUAGUCUCUUUGGAAUCUAAAUCUCAAGAAGAGAUUAAUUUAGUCUCUUUGGAAUCUGAACCACAAAAAAGUCAAAGAUCUUCAAAACAGUUGCCAAAAUAUCCAGUAUCUGCUAAAAAUUCUAAUAAAAAGAUACCAAUUGCCGAAUUCAUUCAAAAAAUAACAACAGCAACCUCAUCCGAUGAUAUGGAUGUAAAAAAUUUAGCUCAAUUAUUCCAAAUGGCUUAUCGUAAUGAAAAGGAACUUCAACGAAUUAAGCAAAAGAAAAUUCAAAAUUGGUAUAAUUAUGCUGAAGUAUUUGAAGAUAGAGUAGGUCAACUUAUUGUAGAUGGUUAUGAAGAUAAUGCUGCACGAACUGAAUUAUAUGAUGAAAUAUUUCCAUUAAUUUCAG